UAAGCCUGAGCUUACGAGCUUGCAAGACUUAAACUGGGGAGAAUGCCCUGGAGAGUCUGAUGUUGGCAGAUCGGGGCCUCAGGAAGAACUCUCUGGCUUCUGUGUGGAGAACAGUCCAUGGGGUGAUAGCGAGGUGAGCCCCACUAGCAAGCAGUGAGACGGUGGGAAGAGCACGGCAUGGGAACAGAGGGUCAGGCGAGGCCAGAUUCCUGAAAGGGGCACUGGUCUGCCCUGCACUGAGACCCUACUCAAAGAACCAAAAGAAAAAGGAAAGAAACAAAGGAGCACUGGAAAGUGGAGAACGGGGUAAGCUGCUGAGGUGGGGGGGGGCUCUAAGUAGACCCCGAGAUGGCUGCUGGAGUGUAGGGAAAGGGGCCAGUUGUCUAAAAGCCCGUGGAGAGAGCUGGCUCUGUCUGAAUGCAUCUUGUAACCCUCACAGGGGAAGGUGGUCAAACUGGGAGCCCAGGGAGGAAAAACCCAGAACAGAAAUCAGAGGUAAAUUCCUGGGAUGUGAGCAGGUGAUGAGCCCCCAGGCUUCCGGGCCCAGUGCAGGAGCCUGUCUGAGACCUCACGGAGGUGCGUGGUGGCUCAAUAGAUAACAGGCAGGCCAGGUUCCAGGUGCCUGCAUCCCAUGCUACCUAGUGAGGGCUCUGGGGGCUGCUCCACCUUGCUUAAUGAUCUCCACUAAAAACCGAACCCCAGAAGCCUCUGCCCACCCUCCAUGCACAAGGGGCAACGUGACAGCCCCCAGCUAUCCCUCUGCUUCGGGCACUCGGGACUGUCCCAGGCUCCCAGAUUCAGCCCUUCCUGUGGCCCACUGAUCUCUAGCCUGGAGCUCCUGAGCUCGCUUGGCCACAGCAUCUAAAAUAAAGAUAGGCCACCUCACAGGAAACCAGACACUAUUGGCUAACUCCGCAAAUAAAGAUACCCUCAGAGACAGAGGGAGGAAAGGGGAACCCUCGCCUCCAGUGGAGUCUGCGUGCGACAGGGUGACUCUCUGCAGCUGCUGAACUUCCCUUCCCGUCUGCCCAGGCCCUCACCAUGCCCACGUCCCUCCCUGAACUGGAUCUGUAUUCCUUUGAUUAUGACGAGUCUGCUGAGGCCUGUGAGAUGGGGGACAUCGUGGCCUUCGGGACCCUCUUCCUGUCCAUCUUCUACUCCCUCGUCUUUGCCUUUGGCCUGGUGGGAAACCUGCUGGUGGUGCUGGCCCUGAGCAACAGCCGCAAACCCAAGAGCAUCACGGACAUUUACCUCCUGAACUUGGCCUUGAGUGACCUGCUCUUCGUGGCCACCUUGCCCUUCUGGACUCACUACGUGGUCAGCGAGCAGGGUCUCCACAAUGCCAUGUGCAAGCUCACGACCGCCUUCUUCUUCAUCGGCUUCUUCGGGGGCAUCUUCUUCAUCACCGUCAUCAGCAUCGACAGGUACACGGCCAUUGUCCUGGCUGCCCACCCCGUGACGAACAGGACCGCGCAGCACGGUGUCACCGUCAGCCUGGGCGUGUGGGCGGCGGCCAUGUUGGUGGCGACGCCGCAGUUCAUGUUCACGAAGCGGAAGGAGAACGAAUGCCUGGGCGACUACCCCGAGGCCCUGCGGGAGGUCUGGCCGGUGCUGCGGAACGCGGAGGCCAACGUCCUCGGCUUCCUGCUGCCCCUGCUCGUCAUGAGCUUCUGCUACUUCAGAAUCAUCCAGACGCUGUUCUCCUGCAAGAACCAGAAGAGAGCCAAAGCCGUCAGGCUCAUCCUGCUGGUGGUCACCGUGUUUUUCCUCUUCUGGACGCCCUACCACGUGGUCAUCUUCCUGGAGACGCUCAAAUUCUACGACUUCUUCCCCAGCUGCGACACCAAGAGGGGCCUGAGGCUGGCCCUCAGUGUGACCGAGACGGUGGCGUUCAGCCACUGUUGCCUCAACCCCCUCAUCUACGCGUUUGCCGGGGAGAAGUUCAGAAGGUACCUCGUCCACCUGCUCCGGAAGAGCCUGGCCGUCCUGUGCGGCCGCCCCGCCCCGGCCACCUUCUCCCCGUCGGAGGCGCAGCGCAGCCAGCGGGGAAGCGUUGCGAGCAGUAACUUCACUCACCACACGAGCGAUGGCGAGGGGUCCCUUCUGCUCUGAGGGGGUCCCCACGGCCACAUCGCUGCUCGGGACCCACGUUCUUGAAUGUGACAGCGCGUGUCUGUCUGUUUUUUUUUUUUUUUAAUAUGCAAGAAAUAUGGAUCCAGUGCUCACAAAACCAUCCUGCACUUUCUGGAAAUUAUGCUCAGAAGCUGAAUGAUGAAAAGGACACAUCCCUUUAUCUCUUGCCACAAAUGUCACAACUUUUUGGCUUAAAAAUGACGAAGACUCGCUGUAUUAGGAAGAAAGUGGGGGCUAGAGAAAUGGCUUAGCGGUUAAGCGCUUGCCUGUGAAGCCUAAGGACCCCGGUUCGAGGCUUGAUUCCCCAGGACAAAGGGCCGCAUGUGUCUGGAUUUGUUUGCAGUGGCUGGAGGCCCUGGCAUGCUCAUUCUGUCUCUCUCUCUAUCUGCCUCUGUCGCUCUCAAAUAAAUAAAAAAGUAAAACAAAAAUAGAAAGAAAGUGGUGAGGGCUAUUCACAUUGUGUUGCGGGCACAGACAGGGUAACUGAACCCUCAGAGUGAAUGGAAACCAUAAUUUGAAUUAGGUAGAAUUUCUCUCUCUGUCUCUCCCUCCCUCCCUCCCUCCCUCCCUCCAAUCCUUAAG